UCUUCACUCGAGCCCCGAAAGUCGGUACUGGUUGCCUGUCUUUCGUUCACGUUCUUUCUUGACGCAUUUUUUGUUGACGAUUUCUAUUUACGACCUUCACUUCCUUACCUUCUAAUUCACUCACCCCAUCCCUCCAACUUCUCACGAUCAUCAUGCGUACUUCUGCUGCUGUCACUGUUGCCCUUGCUGCGGCUGCCACCCCCAUGGUCAUGGCUGACUCUGCCUACGAGCGCCGUGAACUUUACGACCUCGUCGCUCGCGCUGCGACUGCGGCGGAGAACGUCCCUGCGGACCAGCAGGGUAGCCAGGCCUUCGGCCUUUUCAGCCUCCUCGGUCAUGGUCUUGAGGGUAUUGGCAACUUGAUCGACUCCAAGAACAAGAAGAGCCGCGACCUCGGCGACAUCGAGGACAUCAUCGCUCGCCACCUUCCUGAGGAGCACGAGCACGAGCAUGAACGAUUCCGUGGUCACGAGCAUGAGCACGAGCGUUUCCGCGGCCAUGCCCACAAGCACUUCCAUGGCCACGAGCAAGAGCACGAACACGGCCGCUUCCGCCACCACGAGCAUGAGCACGAGCACGGUCGUUUCCGCCACCACGAGCACGAGCACGAGCACGAGCACGGUCGUUUCCGCCACCACGAGCACGAGCACGAGCACGGUCGUUUCCGCCACCACGAGCACGAGCACGAGCACGACCGUUUCCGCCACCACGCGCACGAGCACGAGCUUGAGCACCGCCCCUCGUCUCACUUCCGCGAGCACGAGCACGAGCGGUUCCACCGCCCCGGCCGCUUCGCGCGUGAGGUCCCCGCGGCACCCGCCCAGGAGUCGCACGCGCCCGCUCAGGCUGCGGCCCCGGCCCCGGCUCAGCAGAACUCUGCAGAGCACCCGGCGGAGCACAGGCACAAGCACAAGCACGGCAAGGGCGCGCACCGUCACCACGGCCAUCACCGCCGCCCCCAGGGCGCCCACCGCCAGGGGCAGUACGAGCGCCCUGAGGACGCGCACCGUCACCAGGGCCAGUUCGAGCACCCCCAGGACGCCCAGCGCGUGCAGGCUCCGGCUCCGGGCCAGCAGCCUACGGAGGUUCACCGCCAGGCUGCUCGCGAGCUCGUUGACCUCUUGACUCGCGAGGACCAGGGCAGCGAGGCUUUCAGCCUUGGCUCGAUUUUCAAGAUCGGCAAGGACAUCUUCCACGCGUUCGACCACCACAACAGCUCGCGCCGUGCUAUCCCCGAGGAGUACUGAGUGCGCAUCUGAAUGGACUAUGUGAAUACGGUUUAGUGAAGCCACAUCCUGAGGUUGUAGAUACUUAUUGAUCGUCAUGUAUUCAACGAAAAUGCGGAUGUUGAGGAGCUCACCU